GACGCAGAACCGAACCCAUUUUCCCUCCCAAAAGAGGAACAAAGGAAGCGCCCAUCAGCCGUUCGACAAAAUGCCGGCGAGAAACUCUACCGGCAAUCCACAGCAGCACACUCCUCUCCGCAGAUCCCCAAGGCUUCUUCAACUAAGUAACUGUGAAAAGUCACAGGAAUUGAACACCUCCAAGUCCAAAUCUGGGGAUGGUCGGGCACGCUCUGUGUCUCUUCCUCGAGGUUCAACAUCCACAGGAAUCAAUACGGUGGAAAGAUCGCAAGAAGCUUGUUCGGAUAAAGUUGCCAAGAAAUCGAGAAAAUUGAGUAAUGAUUUGUUGGAUUCUAGCAAUCAAAUGAGGUCGAGAAAAUCUGCAAGAUUGAACGAUGGCAGUGAUGGGUUUUCUAGUCUUAGGCGGUCGCCUAGUUUUCUUAACAAGCUUGAAGGCGACAAUGUUGUUCAGGAAUAUAGGAGGAAUAAGUGUAGAGAUUCGUGGGUUUUUCAGAUGGUGAGAAAGAUGAAUUGUAGAAAUAAGGGAAGGAGUAGUGUUGUUGAUUCUGUGAAUGAGUCCAUCAAUAAGGAGGUUAAUGGGGGAAAUGUUGAUGAGGGUGCGUGUUUAAGUAACCAAAAUGCGGAGAAAAGGAGGCAGGGGAAAAUUGCUUGUCAAGGCAAUGAAAAGAUUGAGACUAAUUUGAAGAGAAAGUGUAGCGAUGAUGCUAUUGGGGUUGUUCAAGGGUGGACAAAGGAGCAAGAAGUGGCGCUGCAAAGGGCCUAUUUUGCUGCCAAGCCUUCACCCCAUUUCUGGAAGAAGGUUUCCAAGCUGGUGCCAGGCAAGUCUGCACAGGAUUGCUUUGAUAAAAUCCACUCAGAUCUCAUAAUCCCACCUCAGCCUCAGCCUCGAUCAAAGGCAAUCAGAGUAAACUCCUCCCUCAUUCAGCAGUUUUCACUCUUUGCAAGCAAAUUGCUAGAAUCCACUGAGCCAAAGAAUAAAAGGCAUCAUCUUGUGAACCAAGAGAAUGAAGCAGAUUUGUUUCCAAUCCUGGAGCCCAAUAUAAAUCCAUCUACUCAUGUUCUGCCAGAAUCUAUUCUUUCUACCCCAAAGAAUUUAGAGGAAAAGGAGGGAUUUCUUCAUAAGUGUCAGGAGAUGUCUUUUGCUGGCUCUAAGAAGACUCUUCCAAGAUUUUGUAGUUCGUGUACAACUGCUCUUGUUAGCCCAUUGCUUCAACAUUUGCAAACAAAUACUCAUGGUGACUCUUCAGAUUUGGAUGAUAAUGAUGGUGCCAGUGGUGAUGAUGAAGAAGGUGAAAUUGAGUGUAAGCGAAGGAAAAAUCUUGGUUUUUUCCUGCAUCUGCAAGUAGCAUGUAUUUGUACUGGAGGAUGGAACCUUAAAGAACAUAAGGUUGCAGAAGACAUGGAUUUUGGAUGGCAGCGGUAUCAAUCCCUACCAGAUAUUGCUGAGAAGAUCUAUUUCAUCUCCAGCGUGGUAGACUUCUUGAAUUUGAAGCUACAGUUAUCAUAAUUGUUACCAGAAUAAAAACUUCCAAAGAAUAAAUACUUUUGGGCACGAAUUUUUACUGUAAGCAAUAAGUCACCCGUCUACUGUAAGUUGCCCUCACUCUCCUUCUUUUUACUCUCUCUUUGUCGGUCUUUAGUCCUUUUCCUCUCUAUCACCAUGUUACUCUUCCUGUCACACUGUAAAAUUUGAGCAGAACACUUUCAAUUUUGCUUAGCCUCUUCCCAGUUUAACCCCUACCUACCUCAUGGAUGACAGGGAGAGAUGGAAAAGGAGGACAAGGACAGAGAAUUUAUGUCAGAAUUGAUGAAUUGGUAGUUUGGCACCGGCUCUGGACUUGCAAUGGAAAUAGAUUACUCUGCUACAC